AUGUGGACAGACCUUUCAUCCAGAAUAGACACUGCCAAAUCGACACUAGGCCUGACAAGGGUAGGCAACAAAUCAUACAAAGAACUAUGGUGGUGGAAUGAAGAGGUACAAACCACUAUAAAGGAGAAAAAAGCCCUAUAUAAAUUAUGGUUCAAAUCCAAAAACUCAGAUAACAAGACAAAUUACAAGAAAUCCAAGAGAAUAGCUACAACGGUGGCUAGGGCCAAAUCUAUGGCAUACGAUGACAUACGAACACUCCCCAUGUCAAAACCUUGUGCAACUAUAACAGAACAAGAAAUAAUCACAUGCCUCAAGCAUAUGAAAAACAACAAAGCUAUGGGUCCAGACGAUAUUCAAAUAGAAAGCCUUAAAGUACUAGGAGAUGAUGGAAUAAAUCUCCUCACAAAUUUGUACAAUUAA